AUGGCUGAAACUUCUUCCGCUGCAACUACAGCCAAAUCUACCUCGGACCAUACGGCUUCAAUCGUAUCCUCUGCGCCCCUCACCAAUAAGCCUCUUUUGGAUGACCGUGAUUACCGCUACAUCACUCUUGAAAACGGUCUUCUUGCUCUUCUGAUCCACGACCCAGAAACUGAUAAAGCUGCAGCUGCUCUCGAUGUCAAUGUCGGCUCGUUUUCUGACCCAGAAGAUCUCCCAGGUCUCGCUCACUUUUGUGAACAUUUACUCUUCAUGGGUACUGAAAAAUUCCCCAAAGAAAACGAGUACGCUUCCUAUCUUUCUUCACAUUCAGGUUAUUCCAAUGCCUAUACCAGCUCCGAAUCAACCAACUACCAUUUUGAAGUUGGUUACGAGCAUUUUAAUGGCGCCUUGGACCGGUUUUCCCAGUUUUUCAUUUCGCCACUUUUCUCUCCCUCAUGCAAGGACCGUGAAAUCCGCGCAGUAGACUCGGAAAACAAAAAUAAUCUCCAAAAUGACAAUUGGCGUCUUCAUCAAAUAAGCCGCUUUUUCUCAAACCACGCUCACCCUUACCACAAAUACAGCACAGGUAACCUUGAGACUUUGGAAACAAUUCCUCUUUCUAAAAAUAUUGACGUCCGUGACCGUCUUCUCGAGUUUUACGACAACCACUACUCGGCAAACCUCAUGAAGCUUGUUCUGAUAGGCAGAGAAUCACUUGACACUCUUCAGCAAUGGACAGUCGAUUUCUUCUCCCCCAUUGUCAAUAAGAAUCGUAAAGAAAUAGUCUACUCAGAACCAUUUUUGGAUGAUGAAAACUUGGGCAUUCUGAUUCAAGCUAAACCUGUCAAGGAAAAGAAAGUUCUCUCUCUACGAUUCCCAAUCCCAAGUGACAGUGUUUUUAACGAAGCAAAACCUCUUUCCUACGCUUCCUUUUGCAUUGGUCACGAAGGCCCUGGAUCUAUUCUCAACCUUCUCAAGGAAAAGGGUUGGGCUAGUUCUUUAAGUUCUGGUGCUGGUCUAGUUUCUGAAGGUCAAGCUUUUUCUGAAAUUGAUAUUGCAUUGACUGAAAGGGGUCUUAGCAACUACAAGGAAAUCAUUGCUAUUUGUUUCCAGUAUUUAAAAUUGCUUCAAUCUUCUCCCAUUUCUGAACGCCUGUUUCAAGAACAAAAAAUCAUGUCUGAAGUCAAUUUCAAAUAUACUGCCAAGAAGAACAGUUUAUCCACAGUUACAAAGCUUGCCUCUCAAAUGCAACGCCCCUACCCCCUUGAAAGACUUUUGGACUAUUCAGUUUUUACAAAGUUUGACCCCAAUCUCACCCGCAAGUACAUUGACUACUUUAAUGUACACAACUUUAGAGCCACGUUGGUGGCACAAACCUUGGAGGGUCUUGACAAGCAAGAAAAGUGGUAUGGGACCCACUACCGCUCCGAUAAGUUUGACCCAGAUUUUAUCAAGUACCUUGAAGGUCUUGAUCUUAACCCCGACUUGGCCCUGCCUACCCCCAACGAGUUUAUCCCAGAAAACUUUGACGUGGACAAGAAGGAAAACGUGGAAAUUCUUAAGCACCCCAUUUUGCUCCGCAACCAAAAGCAAGUCAAGGUGUGGUAUAAAAAGGAUGAUACCUUUUGGACCCCCAAAGCUUCUGUGAAUUUGUAUUUCAAGGCUCCUAUCACAUACUCUUCGCCUUCCAACUACGUCAAGUCUUCGCUUUAUUUCAGAAUUGUCGAUGACCAUUUAACACUAUUUGCAUACCACGCAAACCUUGCCGGUCUUGCUUACGACGUGUCCGUUGCGCGUGAUGGUUUUAAGAUUCAUGUACGGGGAUACAACAAUAAGAUUGGCCUUCUUCUGGAGCGUAUUUUACUUGAGCUUAAAGACUUUAAGGUUGACCGCAUCAAGUUUGAGACUUGCAAAGAGCGCUUGGUUAGAGAAUUGAAAAAUCAAUGGUACGCUGUUUCUUAUAACCAGUUCAUUGCCCAUUUUGGCUACUUGCUAAAUGAAAACACUUGGACUCUUGAAGAACGUCUCCAUGCUUUGGAAAAUGUUACAUAUGAAGAAGUUGUCGAGUUUGGCCCCCAAGUCCUUAAGAGAUUCGACCUUGAAGUUGUCGCUAUUGGCAACUUGCACAAGAAUGAGGCUUUGGAGAUUGCCAACCAAACAAUGGAAAUUCUUGUUUCUGAGCCCAUUCCUGAUAGCCAAAGUGUUUGUCAACGCUCUUACUAUCUUCCUCCUAGCUCAGAGUUUGAAUUUAGCUACUUGUCUAAAGAUGAACAUAAUGUCAACUCGGGGGUUGAAUUUUUCAUUCAGGUUGCCAAAUUAACUGAUCCUUAUACCCGUGUUGUGCUUGAGUUGCUUGCCUCUAUGGCUGUGGAGCCGGCCUUUAACCAGUUGCGUACCCGCGAGCAACUGGGCUACAUUGUUUUCUGUGGUAUGCGUCUUACCCGCACAUCUUGUGGACUCCGCAUUAUUGUCCAGAGUGAACGUACUACCUCUUUGCUGAAACAGCGCGUUGAUCGAUUCCUUAUUGGUCUAGGAGAAAUUAUUGAAAACUAUACUAAUGAAGAAUUCAACACCUAUGUGACAAGUCUUAUUGCUAAAAAACAGGAAAAGUACAAAAAUCUUUACGAGGAAUCCAGCUCCUACAAUGCUCAGAUUGUUUCUGGAUACUACCACUUUUCUGUUCAGGAGAAUGACAUUGAGAUUCUCAAGAAGAUUUCUAAACGCGAGGUGUUGGAACUGUAUUAUAAGUAUAUUUCUCCCCAGUCUAAAGAUCGCUCACUACUUAUUCUCAGUCUUAAUGCUCACAACCCACCUACUUUUGGUUUGUCACAGGUGACUGCGUCUGUUUUUACCAUGUUGGCUAUUAAGUAUAAUGUCAAUCUAGAUCCUGCUGAGGCUGCUGAGUUGUUGGCCAAGGCGGAAGGUAAGUCAUCCGAAGAGGUUCUUCAGAUGGCUGCUGAUGCUCUUGAAGAAAAGGGUCAUGGAGAUAUUGCGCAGGAUUUCAUUAAGGAAGCUGCCGAAGAAAUUUUGUUGCAGACAUCUCUUGAAGCACAGGAACGUCCUCAGAGUCAAACUAUUGAGUCAGUUUCCUGGUUUAAGUCACGAUUGCAGUUGACUGAGGCUCCUGUUCCAUGGGAAGACCUUGCUAUUUUCAUGGAACCUGAGGCCAAGCUUUAA